UUGCACUUAAAGGUUACUUUGGCAUUCUUUAUCAUUCCAGGAAGAAAUCCUAACCAUGGCCAAUAUGUCUGCAGUACCUGGGGGAACAACCACUUCAAAACGUUUGAUGGCGAUUUCUAUCAGUUUCCUGGUGUCUGUGAAUACAAUUUUGUUUCUGAUUGUCGAGAGUCCUACAAGGAGUUCUCUGUCCAUUUACAGCGUGAACUGAAUGAUCAAGGGCAUCCUGACAUCAAAUAUGUCCUUGUCACAAUUAAGGAUGUUACCAUCUAUCUCACUCAAACGUUGGUUGUGGUGAAUGGGCAAAUUGCAAAGACCCCAUACCACAAUUCUGGUCUUCUCAUUGAGAAGAAUGAUAUAUCUACUAAAGUCUAUGCCAGAACUGGUCUGGCACUGAUAUGGAACAGGGAAGAAGCUUUGAUGGUUGAACUUGACAUCAAAUUCCGAAAUUAUACAUGUGGUCUUUGUGGGGAUUAUAAUGGUCAGCAGAUCUACAAUGAAUUCAUCUCGAAUGGACUGAAAUACAACCCAAUCACAUUUGGAAAUCUACAGAAGAUUAAUAACCCCAAAGUAGACUGCGAAGACCCUGAUGAGACAAAAACUGUACAACUUUGUAACCAACACCGUGAUGAGUGUGAGAAGCUGCUGACUUCUUCUGCUUUUGAUGACUGCCAGUCCCAUCUGAAUCUGGAGCAGUAUGUUCAAGCUUGCAUGCAGGACAGAUGUGCCUGCCAGCAAACAGAAGACUCUUUCUGUGCCUGCAGUACCAUUUCAGAGUUUUCCCGUCAGUGUUCUCAUGCUGGUGGCAAGCCUCAGAACUGGAGGACACCCCAACUGUGUCCUAAAUCAUGUCCUGGAAACAUGGUCUACCUGGAAAGUGGCUCACCCUGUAUGGACACCUGUUCACAUCUGGAUAUCAGCAGACUAUGUGAAGAACACUAUAUGGAUGGCUGUUUUUGCCCAGAAGGCACUGUAUAUGAUGACAUCAAUGAGAAAGGAUGUGUGCCCACAAGCCAAUGUUACUGUAAACAUCAAGGAACUGUAUUUUCCCCUGGUGAAAACAUCACCAAUGAGUGUGAAAGCUGCAUCUGUGACUCAGGCAGAUGGAUAUGUCAGGACCUACCCUGUCCAAGUACUUGUGCAGUUGAGGGUGGAGCUCACAUUACCACUUUUGAUGGGAAGAAAUAUACCUUCCAUGGAGACUGCUACUAUGUUCUGGCUAAGAGCAGUACAAAUGACUCACAUGUCCUUUUGGCAGAACUGGGCCCAUGCAGUGCCACAGAAAAGCAGACAUGCCUCAAGACAAUAGUGUUGCUCAUAGACCACAAGCAAAAUAUUAUAGUUUUCAAAUCUGAUGGUACUGUGUUACUGAAUGAAAUGGAGGUUCACUUGCCUCAUGUAGCAGCCACCUUCUCAGUUUUCCAACCAUCUUCCUUUUACAUUAUUGUACACACUUAUUUUGGCCUCAAGCUGCAGAUCCAGCUGGCUCCAGUUAUGCAGUUGUUUGCUGUUGUGGAUCAAUCUGCUAAGGGAAUUCUUCAAGGUCUUUGUGGAAAUUUCAAUGGAAUUGAAAGUGAUGACUUCAAAACAUCAGGUGGAUUGGUUGAAGCAACAGGGACGUCUUUUGCUAAUACCUGGAAAGCUCAGGCCAGUUGUACCGACAAGGUGGAAUCAUGGGAACACCCUUGCACUCUUAGUGUUGAAAAUGAAAAUUAUGCUGAACACUGGUGCUCUUUACUGAAAAGCACAGAAUCUGCUUUUGCCAGAUGUCACUCAGUCAUUGAUCCAGCAGAUUAUUACAAGCGCUGCAAAUAUGAUACCUGCAGCUGUAACUCCCAGGAAGAGUGUUUGUGUGCUGUGCUAUCAUCUUAUGCAAGAGCCUGUGCUGCCAAAGGAGUCAUGUUGUUGGGUUGGAGAGAUGGUAUUUGCAACGAAGAUGUAUCCUCCUGCCCUGCCAAUCAGGUUUUCCAUUACAAUAUGAACACAUGCCAGCGAACCUGCCGCUCAAUUUCAGAGGGUGAUAAGCAGUGCCUAGAAGGUUUCACUCCAGUAGAUGGCUGUGGUUGCCCCGAGAACACUUAUCUGAAUGAGAAAGACAACUGUGUACCAAUAUCCAAGUGCUCCUGCUAUAACAAAGGCUCAUAUGUGCAGGCUGGUGAUGUUAUCAUGAAACAGGAUGCGCGCUGUGUUUGCAAAAAUGGAAAGUUUCAGUGUGUAUCAGUGGGAACAGGAGAACAUGUUUUCUUUCUCCAGUGUUUUCAUUUCUCUAUAGAUUAUAAACAUGGACCAGAAAACUUUAUUUAUUUAUUUAUUUCUACAGAUUGUCCAAACAAUAAGAUAUAUUUCAACUGCAGCAACAUUGGCUCCGGGUCAUCCAAAACACCACUGCAGCUUACCUGCCAAACCCUGGGAACUGAUCAUUUCCAGACUGAAUGUAUCUCAGGAUGUGUCUGCCCUGAUGGUUUGCUUGACGAUGGCAAAGGCCUAUGUGUUAAAGAAGAAAACUGCCCAUGCAUUCAUAACAAGGACUUUUAUUCUACUGGAGAUAAAAUAAGAGUGGAUUGUAACACAUGUACUUGCCAAAAAGGAAGCUGGAGAUGUACCACCAAUGUGUGUUAUGGCACAUGCAUCAUUUAUGGAAGUGGCCAUUACAUUACCUUUGAUGGAAAAAACUAUGACUUUGAUGGCAACUGUGAAUAUGUGGCUGCACAGGAUUACUGUGGCAACAAACAUUCAGAGGGAACAUUUAGUGUCAUCACAGAGAAUGUCCCAUGUGGAACUACAGGAGUGACUUGCUCCAAGGCCAUUAAGCUGUUUAUAGGGAACACUGAGCUAAAGCUGGAGGAAAAAGAAAUAGCCAACAUUAAACUGAAUGCAAGUGGCAACAUAACUCCUUGGUCUUAUCAGAGAGUUGGCCUGUACAUUGUAAUUGAGAUUGGCAAUGGUAUUAUGCUUGUCUGGGACCAGAAAACUACCAUUUUUAUCAAGCUGUCACCACAUUAUAAAGGAAAGGUCUGUGGCUUAUGUGGUAAUUUUGAUGACAAAGCCAGUAAUGACUUCACAUCAAGGAGUAUGGUUCAAGAAGAUAAUCCACUGACAUUUGGAAAUUCAUGGAAAAAGGACAGUCUGUGCUCUGAUGUGGACACUGUCAUUCAGCCCUGUGAGAAGAAACCACAUCGUAAAGCCUGGGCAGAGAAGGAGUGCAGUCUCAUCAAAAGUUCUGUUUUUGUAACAUGUCACAGCAAGGUGGACCCAGAGCCAUACUAUGAAGCUUGUGUACAUGAUGCAUGUGCCUGUGAUACUGGAGGGGAUUGUGAAUGUUUCUGUACUGCGGUUGCUGCCUAUGCUCAAGAAUGCACUAAAGCUGAUGCCUGUGUUGAUUGGAGGACUCCUGACAUAUGCCCUAUCUAUUGUGACUUCUACAAUCCUUCUCCGGAAGUAUGUGAAUGGCACUAUGAACCUUGUGGACGAGACCUUCUAGUCUGUGUGAUUCCAGAUAAUAUUGGUAACAUCACAGUGCCACGAUUGGAAGGACAAUAUAUUAUUUUGUUCUUUAACAAAACCACAUCUUUCUGGGCAAUAGGUUGCUACCCACGAUGUCCUCCAGAGAGCCCAUUCUAUGACACAGGGACCAACACAUGUGUUGCAGAAGAUCAGUGUUCCUGCUACUAUGAUGGCGUGUACUAUCUAAGAGACCAAAUUAUACCGAACUACCAACCCAAGGAGCUGUGUCAAGACUGUUUUUGCAUCACAGGAUUCAAUGUGCAAUGCAAGACAAGAGGUGGCUGCUGUAUUUUUGAUGGGAAAGAGUACCAUGAGGGAGAAAGUGUUUUGGAGAAAAAUGGAUCAAUGUGCUUCAACUGGACAUGCUUGUCAGAUGGCAACAUGCCUCCUCACAUUUGGAUUUGUGAAACAACAGCAGCUCCUCCUACAACAACUCUCUCAACUACUACUUCUACUACUAUCACAACAACAUCAACCUUGACGACAACAACCACAUCGGCAACAACUCCAUGUGUCUGCCAUUGGACUCAAUGGUAUGAUGUCAGUUAUCCCAGAGAUGAGCCAGGAGGUGGUGACUAUGAGACAUAUGAAGCUAUAAGAAAUAAAGAAAAAACUUCAAUAUGCUCAGCCCCAUUAGCUAUAGAAGACAUACGGUGCAGGGCUAAAGAUGCACCUGAUGAAAGUUUGGAAGCCUUGGGCCAGAAGGUGGAGUGCAAUGUUACCAAUGGACUUAUUUGCAGAAAUCAAGAUCAAGAUCAGACAGUGUGGAACCUCUGUUAUAAUUAUGAGAUCAGUGUAUACUGUUGUUCACCUUCAUGUGAACCAGCUACCACUACACCCACUACAACUACAUCAACCACUUCUCCUACAACAACCACCACAACUACUACCUCGCCUACUACUACUCCCACAACAACCACUACCUCUCCUACCACUACUCCCACAACAACCACUACCACUCCUACCACUACUCCUACAACAACCCCUACAACAACCUCUACCACAACAACUACCACCACCACCACAACAACAACAGUUCCAACUACAACUACAGGUAAUAAAUUAUUGAUUUAUGAUACUGCUUUGCAUGCAAGCAUUUUAUAUCAUUGUUGUUUUAGCUCUCAUCAUCUUUGUUUAUAUCCAAAAAUUGCAAUUCAAGAUGCUUUAAAAUUUGCUAUUCACAUAACUUUUGUGAUGUUUCCAUCUGUCAUUGCAGCAACUUGUGUGCCUUCUGAAAAGUGUGAAUGGUCCCAGUGGAUUGAUGUGGGUUUUCCCCUUCCUGGCUUAAAUAAUGGUGACAAUGAAACCUAUGUCAACAUCAGAGCCCACAACAUCAAUAUCUGCGAGAGGCCAGAAAACAUAUCAUGCCGUGCUGUGAAAUUUCCAGAUUUCUCCAUCAAGGAUUUGGGGCAAAUAGUGGAAUGUGAUGUUACAACUGGGCUGAUUUGCCAUAAUAAGGAUCAGCCUAUUGGGGUUCUCCCUCAGCCUCAGUGUUUGAACUAUGAAAUCAGUGUCUACUGCUGCAUAACUAUUAUAUGUGACACUACUCCAGCUACAACUCCUUCCACAACUACUCCAACUACCACUUCACCAACGACUACUUUCACCACAACCUCCACAACGUCUACCACUACAUCAACCUCCACUCCUACUACCACUCCAACCACCACUCCAACGACCACUCCUACCACUACCUCCACAUCCCCUACUACCACACCAACUACUACUGUCACCACCACUCCUUCUACCACUCCAACCACCACUCCAACUACCACUCCUACCACUACCUCCACAUCACCUACUACCACACCAACUACUGUCACCACCACUCCUACUACCACUCCAACCACCACUCCAACGACCACUCCUACCACUACCUCCACAUCCCCUACUACCACGCCAACUACUACUGUCACCACCACUCCUUCUACCACUCCAACCACCACUCCAACUACCACUCCUACCACUACCUCCACAUCACCUACUACCACACCAACUACUACUGUCACCACCACUCCUACUACCACUCCAACCUCCACUCCAACCACCACUCCAACUACCACUCCUACCACUACCUCCACAUCCCCUACUACCACACCAAGUACUACUGUCACCACCACUCCUACUACCACUCCAACCACCACUCCAACCACCACUCCUACCACUACCUCCACAUCCCCUACUACCACACCAACAACUACCACCACCACCACUCCUACUACCACACCAACAAACACUCCAACCACUACCUCCACAUCACCUACUACCACAUCAACUACCACCACCACCACUCCUACUACUACGCCAACUUCCACUCCUACUACUACGCCAACUACUACUUCUACUACUACCACUUCAACUACAACUACAAGUAAGUAUUUCAGAACCUCACACUUAACCCCUCCGUUAUUUCCAUCUGUCAUUGCAGCAACUUGUGUGCCUUCUGAAGAGUGUGAAUGGUCCCAGUGGAUUGAUGUGGGUUUUCCCCUUCCUGGCUUAAAUAAUGGUGACAACGAAACCUAUGUCAACAUCAGAGCCCACAACAUCGAUAUCUGCAAGAGGCCAGAAAACAUAUCAUGCCGUGCUGUGAAAUUUCCAGAUUUCUCCAUCAAGGAUUUGGGGCAAAUAGUGGAAUGUGAUGUUACGACUGGGCUGAUUUGCCAUAAUAAGGAUCAGCCUAUUGGGGUUCUCCCUCAGCCUCAGUGUUUGAACUAUGAAAUCAGUGUCUACUGCUGCAAUAUUGUUUGUGGAACUACUCCAGCUACAACUCCUUCCACAACUACUCCAACUACCACUUCACAAACUACUACUUUCACCACAACCUCCACAACAUCUACCACUACAUCAACCACCACUCCUACUACCACUCCAACAACCACUCCAACUACCACUCCUACCACUACCUCCACAUCGCCUACUACCACAUCAACAACUACCACCACCACCACCACCACCACUCCUACUACCACUCCAACAACCACUCCUACCACCACCUCCACAUCACCUACUACCACACCAACUACUACUGUCACCACCACUCCUACUACCACACCAACUACCACUCCUACUACCACACCAACUACCACUCCUACUACUACACCAACAACCACUUCUACUACUACCACUUCAACUACAACUACAACUGAGUGCUUCGUCUGCAAUUGGUCUAAAUGGAUCAGUGUGUCUAAGCCAAACUACGCUGACAAGGACGGAGGUGACAAUGAAACCUAUCCAAAUAUCAGGGAAAAUGGCGUAUCUAUCUGCUCACAUCCAUUAAAUAUUUCAUGCAGAGCUAUCAAAUUUCCUACUAUCCCUCUUCAUGAACUGGGACAAAAGCUGGUGUGUGACGUUUCCUCAGGACUACUGUGUAAAAAUGGUGACCAAGCCCCAGGAGGAGUAGCACCAAUAUGUCUUGAUUAUGAAAUUAGUGUUUAUUGCUGCAGUGAUGUAUGUUCCACUACAUCGAUUACAACAACCUCUGUGACUCCUGUAACAUCCACUACAACUACAUCGGCAACAACAACAUCAUCAACUACAAUUCCAUGCACUACUGAAUCCGAUGACUCCUUGGAAAGUACUCCAGAGACUACUCCAUCCAGCACCACCAAAACUACCAUAAGUACUCCAUCGACCACCACCACCACCACAACAGCUACACCAACUACUACUACUACUACUACUACUACAACUACUACUACCACUGAAAUACCAACAACCACCACAGUACAACCCCACUGUAUAGUAGAUGGCAAAAUAUACCUUCCAGGUGAAGUAAUAGAGACUGGCAAGCAUGGAGAAAUGUGUUAUACUAUCAUUUGCUCGGAGUAUGGUGAAGAAGUAUUUAACCAUUGGCUUUGUCUCACAACUACAUCCACAACCACAACUACAACUGAGACAACCACAACUACACCCACAACCACAACCACAACUGAGACAACCACAACUACACCCACAACCACACCCACAACUACACCCACAACUACACCCACAACCACAACCGAGACAACCACAACUACACCUACAACCACAACCACAACUGAGACAACCACACCCACAACUACACCCACAACCACAACGGAGACAACCACAACUACACCCACAACUACUACAACAACUGAGACAACUACAUCCACUACUACUCCUACAACCACAACUACAAGUGAGACAACCACAACUACGCCCACAACCACAACUACAACUGAGACAACCACAACUACGCCCACAACUACAACUACUACUGAGACAACCACAACUACGCCCACAACAACUACAACAACUGAAACAACUACAUCCAUAACUACACCCACAACCACAAAUACCACUGAGACAACAAUAACUUCCACAACAAUGAUUGACGGGUGUAUUGUAGAUGGCAAAAAAUACCUUCCAGAAACUCUAGGUGAUAUAAUAGAGACUGGCAAGCACAGAGAGAUGUGUUAUGAAGUCUUUUGCUCAGAAUAUUUUGAAGUAGAAGUUCGCCAUUGGCUUUGUUCAACAACUAUGCCCACAACUACAACUGAGACAACCACAACUACGCCCACAACCACAACUACAACCGAGACAACCACAACUACGCCCACAACCACAACUACAACUGAGACAACCACAGCUACGCCCACAACCACAACUACAACCGAGACAACCACAACUAUGCCCACAACCACAACUACAACUGAGACAACCACAACUACGCCCACGACCACAACUACAACUGAGACAACCACAAAUACGCCCACAACCACAACUACAACUGAGACAACAACUAAACCCACAACCACAACCACAACAGAGACAACCACAUCCACAGCUACGCCCACAACCACAACUACAACUGAGACAACCACAACUACGCCCACAACCACAACUACAACUGAGACAACAACUACACCCACAACCACAACCACAACAGAGACAACCACAUCCACAACUACGCCCACAACCACAACUACAACUGAGACAACCACAACUACGCCCACAACCACAACUACAACUGAGACAACUACAACUACACCCACAACAACAACCACAACAGAGACAACCACAUCCACAACUACACCCACAACCACAACUACAACUGAGACAACUACAACUACACCCACAACAACAACCACAACAGAGACAACCACAUCCACAACUACAACUGAGACAACCACAACUACGCCCACAACCACAACUACAACUGAAACAACCACAUCCACAACUACACCCACAACCACAACUACAACUGAGACAACCACAACUAUGCCCACAACCACAACUACAACCGAAACAACCACAACUAUGCCCACAACUACUACAACUGAGACAACCACAUCCACAACUUCACCCACCACAACAACAAAUGAGACAACCACAACAACCCCAGGGUGUCCAACCGAAAAUGGAACUCUUCAGCCUGGAGAAAAGUGGUGGAUAUGUGAAUGUACCCAAGCCAUAUGUAUUUCAGAUAAAAAUUGGGAAAUCGUGACUGUACCAUGCAACCCACCUCCCAAGCCCGAGUGUGCCAAUGGACUUGCCCCUGUGCGAGUAAUAAAUGAGGAUGAGUGCUGCUGGCACUGGGAAUGUGACUGCUAUUGCACUGGCUGGGGAGACCCACAUUAUAUGACGUUUGAUGGCCUCUACUACAGUUACCAAGGCAAUUGUACCUAUACUUUGGUGGAAGAGAUUCAUAAAACCAUUGACAACUUUGGAGUGUAUAUUGAUAAUUACCACUGUGAUUCACGGGAUGUUGUCUCCUGUCCACGCACACUCAUUGUCAAACAUGAGACCCAAGAAGUGCAUGUAAAAACAGUCAGAAUGAUUCCUAUGAAGUUAGAGGUGACUGUGAAUGAUGUGGCCGUGGCAUUACCUUACAGAAAAUAUGGUGUCUACAUUUAUGAGUCAGGUCUAAACUAUCUGGUGGAAAUUCCUUUAUUGGGAGUGAAUAUAACUUACAAUGGCAUAUCCUUCACUAUCCGAUUGCCUUAUCGUAUAUUCGGUGAUAAUACACAGGGACAGUGUGGCACAUGUAACAACAAUCAAAAAGAUGAUUGCAGACUACGCAAUGGAGCCCUUGCAGAUAACUGUAUCACCAUGGCAGAUGACUGGAUUGUCAAUGAUCCCAGCAAGCCCCAGUGCCCGCACCAACCACCUCCAGCAACAGUUCGCCCCCCAACCUGCAAACCUUCUCCACUCUGUGAGCUUAUAAAAGAUAGCAGAGUAUUCGGAAAAUGCCAUAAGGCUGUGGAUCCUGCAAACUACUAUGCAGCCUGCCAAUAUGACAGCUGUUUUGUUCCUGGGGGUAAAAUGGAAUGUGCAAGUCUUCAUAUCUAUGCAGCGACCUGUGCAGACCAAGGUGUUUGCCUUGACUGGAGAAGCUACACCAAUGGCUCAUGUCCUGUUGAUUGUCCAUCAAACAAAGUUUACAAAGCAUGUGCUCCUUCUCAAGAAGAAACUUGCAAAUCAGGUGUAAUAGGACACAACGAUACACAACUAAGAGAAGGCUGUUUCUGCCCAGAUGGGACAGUGCUUUAUGAUGCUGCCGUGGAUGUCUGUGUGAAAACCUGUGGAUGUGUUGGCCCAGAUAAUAUACCCAGGAAGUUUGGGGAGAAGUUUGAGUUUGAUUGCAAAGACUGCAUUUGCCUGGAAGGAGGCAAUGGCAUUAUUUGUGAGGCCCAUAAAUGUCCACCAACAUCCAUUGAUGAACCAUGUGAAGGAGAAGGAUUCUACGAGAUCACUGAAGUCAAUCCUGUUGACAAAUGUUGUUCUACUACCACAUGUGUGUGCAAUGCCAGUGACUGCUCAACUAAACCUCUGGACUGUCCACCAGGGUUUGAGCUGUUUUCUGAGAUUCCUGACCAUGGCUGUUGCCCCGUUUAUCAAUGCAAGUCUAAGGGGGUUUGUGUGCAUAAUGGUAAUGAGUAUAAGCCUGGUUCUGAAAUCAUAGGAGAGAAGUGUGAGCAAUGUCUGUGCACUUACAAUCAAGACAAGAACACACUCUUGAAUAUCAUAACCUGUGGCCAUGUCCCAUGCAAUGUGACAUGUGAACAAGGAUAUUCUCUCAUACUGUACCGUGGUGAAUGCUGUGGGAAAUGUGUGCAGACAAGUUGUGUGACACAAACAAAUGGGAAUGUUCUCAUGUUAAGACCUGGUGAACAAAUGAGCGAUCCAAAAGACAACUGCACUGUUUACAGCUGUGUGAAGAUCAAUAACCAACUGAUCUCCUCUACUUCUGUGAUUAGCUGCCCACCAUUUAAUGAGGAGAGAUGUGAACCGGGCACCGUUUCAUUUUUGCCUAGUGGCUGCUGCAAAACAUGCAUACCUAUGACAUCAGAGACAACACCAGCAUGCUAUCCUUCUGUAAGCAGUGAAUAUAUUGUGUAUGAGGGCUGUCGUUCAGAGGAGCGAGUUCCUGUGACCAAGUGUGAGGGAAAAUGUGCAACUUCAUCAAUAUACUCUGCUCAAGCCAACUCAAUGGAACAUACGUGCAGCUGCUGCAGAGAGUCAAAAACAACUAUGAAAGACAUCACACUGAUGUGCCCUAAUAGACAGCCCAAGAAGCAUAGCUACCUCCAUGUGGAAAGUUGUGAAUGUCAAGAAACUGACUGUGAUGCAUCACAGGCAGCAGAAGAAUCUCAAAGAUGAAAGUAGCAUGGCACAGUCUAAGGAUUGGAAGAUGAACAGAAUUAAUCAUGAGAACAGUUAAAAGAACAGCGAAGUGAAGGAUGAGACUGAUGUUUUUAACCUAAACAUCAGGUUAAAAA